AUGGCCACCUUCCCGGAAGCCGCGUAUGAAGCACUGCCUACGCCUGCAACGCCAAGAUCAGGAGAGGCUCUGACAUCGCUACUUGAUAUGAUCAAACGGGUCCCUGAUGACGAAGCGAGCAGCCAGCAUAAGGCUAGGCUCCAUCAGAAGGUGACGAAUGCCGCCCAGACAUAUCUUGCCAAAAUUGCACUCCUUUAUGACCGAAAUCAAUUCUUAGCCAAAAGUAACAACGAAGGCAAAGCUCGCCGAGCAGCCGACCAAGGAGUACUAAGGAUAGCAAAGGUGAUGACCUAUGAGGACCUCGAAAAGGCACGAGCGGAGCGCGCUUUGAAAGAUGCCAAGAAGGCUAAGAAAGAGGCUAAGAAAGCUGAGAAAGAGGCUAAGAAGGCUGCCAAAGAGGCUAAGAAUGUCGCGAGUGCUGCACUAGAGGCAGAGGAAGCUGCCACGGGUAAGAAAACACGCGGUCGAAAGCGGAAGAGCGCUGCGUCGGGGGUAGAUGUGGCAGAGCCAACGGCCAAGGUGGUGCGAAGAAGCGAAACACAGGUUGCGGAAGGUGAGCAAGAAGUAGGUGCUCCAGAGCCAAAGAUCAAGGCAGCGCGAACCAGCAAAGGGCCAGAGCCACCGCUAUCCACAGUGGCACAUGCGGAGGAUGAGACGGCACUAGAACCUUGGAGAGCCGCAGUGGCGCAAACGUGGUAG